AUGGCGGUUCCUCGACUUCUGCUGCUGGAUGACCCGGUGGAGCAGCUUGUUCCAGCACUGGCGAGAUUGCAGGAACUCGGGCGAGUAUCCCAGGAGAUCCUCCUUUUCCUCCAAAAGGCCACUGCUGUGCUUCGCCGGGAAAUCGCAUCGCUUGGCCUAGUGGAGCGGCAGGCAAUCGGCUGGAAUGGCAACAUUGAGUUCGACAGCUUAUUGGAAUUAGCGGAAGAGUGUGAUCAAAGCCAGCAAGAUGACGGAGUUAUACAUAGCGUCGUCCGGCACAUAUGUUGUCUGGGCCAGAUUCUGAGCCAGGUGCAAAAUCACCACCUCCUCAGCACACAGAGCGGCAAGCUGUAUGUUGCUGGGCUAGGCAAUAGUCUGCUGGCAGCCGCCGCGCUGGCGACAGCAAGAGAUACUUGCAGUCUGCGCAAGGCCAGUGUCGAGACAAUCCCAAUUGCUUUUCGCCUGGCCCUAGCUAUUCAGCAGCGUGGUAUACACAUUGAGCCGGGGCGUGGGAACUGGACUCGCACAGUUAGUGCAGUAAAUAAGGAGCAGAUCACGCAGCUUAUUCAUGAGCGUGAGAUUGAAGGAACACCCGUUGCGAGGCACAUCUACAUUGCUGAGGAAGCACCGAACUGCUUCACUAUCUGCGGCCCGCCGUCUAAUUUGGCCCAUUUUUGUUCAUCCUUGCCGGAUGCCAUGAACCUACCAGACUGGAGUGUUUCAAUGCAUGGCCCAAAGCAUGCUUCCCAUCUCCCCGUUGUCGACCUGGAGACAGUCAUCGGCAAGUCUGACAGGUUACACGCUCCAGUGUCCGAGACGGUCGACGUGCCAUCAUUAAGAAACAUCUUAUCCGACUGUACCUUGGAUCUCGGCGCCUUGCUGCUACAAGCUUGUCACAACAUAUGCCAUGAGACAUUCAAGCUAGACGCAUCGGUAGCUUCCACUGUGGCUGCGCUGAAGGCUUCAAACGAGCAACAGCUUGAGAUCGUCUUGGUAGGUAGGACCACUCGAAGUGGGCUAUUCCAACGCCUCUUAUCGAGCAGUGGGAUCCAUGCCAAGAUUUGCGAAGACUCGCACACGGAGCCAAGCAGUGAUCCGACACUUUCCAGUCUCUCGGGGUCGAUUGCGGUCGUUGGGAUGGCAGGACGGUUCCCCGGGAGCGAUGAUGUUGAGCAAUUCUGGGAGUCACUGCUGUCUGGACAAGAAUACCAUCAGAGGGUGCCUCCCAAUCGAUUCGACCUCUCGACUUGGCAUCAAGUAAGUGGCGAGGAGGAGACCUCGCUGCCGUACGGUUGCUUUCUCGAGCGGCCAGGUCUUUUCGACUAUAGACUAUUCAACAUCUCGCCUCGAGAAGCCCUGCAGAUGGACCCCAAUCAACGUCUAUUGCUCACGGUGGCCUAUGAGGCUCUACAGCGGGCCGGCUACUGUGGCGAGGACACUUUGUCGACUCGCACCGAUCGGAUUACUACCUUCAUUGGCCAGACGACGGACGACUGGCGAGAGGUUACAGCCGGUCACGGAAUUGACAUUUACUACGUGCCUGGUCUGCUGCGUGUCUUCGCUGCCGGCCGGUUGCACUACCACUUCAAGUGGGAGGGUCCCUCCUUGAGCCUUGAUGCAGCCUGCGCCUCCAGUUCCGCAGCGAUUAGCCUUGCCUGUGAUGCCCUGCUUGCUCGGAGAUGUGACAUGGCUGUAGCAGGUGGCGUAAACAGCCUGGCGUCCCCGGCCAUGUUUGCUGGGUUAAAGAAAGGUGGAUUUCUGUCGUCUACUGGCAGCUGCAAAACAUUCCACCAGGCCGCGGAUGGAUACUGCCGAGGUGAGGGAACCGGUGUGGUCAUUCUAAAACGUCUGGACGAUGCCAUACAGGCCAACGACAAUAUUCUAGCAGUCAUUCGGGGCCAGGGUAGAAGUCACUCCGCACACGCUACUUCUAUUACGCAUCCCGAUAGACAUGAACAGGAGAGACUCUUCCGCCGAGUUUUGCGAGAAGCUGGAUUGAGUCCCAGUACCAUUGGGUACGUCGAAAUGCAUGGUACCGGCACACAAGCGGGCGAUGAUGCCGAAGUGACUGCGGUUGGAAAUGUGUUUAGUCCAAGCAAAACCCCAAACAGUCCGCUCGUAAUGGGGGCUGUCAAAGCCAACGUUGGUCAUGCUGAAGCAGCCGCUGGGGUGAUUUCGCUAAUCAAGUCGAUCAUGGUACUGAGAACGGGAAAUAUACCGUCGCAGCCCGGUAUGCCGUUUGAAAUGAAUACCCGUAUUCAGUAUCUUAGGGACCCGACAGUUCGUGUAGCGGAUGGCAAGGUCUCUAUGCAAGAUACCACCGCGUCAGGGCAGCCGCGGCGGGUCAUGAUGAAUAACUUUGAUGCAGCGGGCGGAAACGGUUGUAUAAUCCUCGAAGAAGCUCCACCAAAACAUAUCAAGCCAGCAGACCCCCGAAGGCACUAUCCCGUGGCCAUCUCUGGACAAACACCGUCCUCCUUCCGCCAAAACCAAACCAAUAUGCUGCGCUUCUUGACCACUGCUAUUAACCCGAGAAUUUCAGACAUUUCUUACACAACAACGGCCCGUGCGAUGCACGAGAGUACAAGGGUUGUUUACGUGGCCGAUUCCGUUGACAAUGUGGUUCAACAGCUACGCCAGGACAUUGAGGGACAAGAAACCAUCCCCAAGAUCAACGGCGCAGGGGCACCAAGCGUCGGCUUUGUUUUCACUGGCAUGAGUAGUCAGUAUGCUGGCAUGGGCUCUGAGCUAUUCAAGACCAGUGCCAGGUUCCGCAAAACCAUUAUGUCUUUGCAGGGCAUCUGCGAUGAGCUGGGACUGCCACGCUUUGUCGAACUGAUUGCGGACCCUUCACUCGAUGUCGCAACAAGAAGCACAACCCAGGUGCAGCUCGCUAUCGUCUGCUUGGAGCUUUCGCUUGCGGACCUCUGGCGGUCUUGGGGAGUCGAGCCUGCGUUCGUGAUCGGCCAUAGUCUGGGAGAAUAUUCAGCUCUCUGUGUGGCAGGCGUGCUCUCGACCACCGAUGCCCUAAGCCUGGUUGGCCUGCGGGCCUCCUUGAUGGAGGAAAAGUUGUCUCCCGGGGCUUACCUGAUGCUCGCAAGUUCCCAGUGCGCAGCAGAUGUCGCACACAAGUUGAAAACACUGGAUCUCCAAGCCUCUAAUGUGAGCUGCAUUAAUGCUCCUUCAUCGACUGUGGUUUCUGGUCCAGCAGACGAGAUUGGGAUUCUACAAGAGGACUUGGCAUCGCAAGGCACACGGACAUCCCAACUGAACUGCCAGCAUGGGUUCCAUUCAUCCCAGUUUGAUGCCAUCCUUGCAGAGUUUGCGAAGAAAGCAUCUGGGAUACCCUUCUCUCCGCCUCGCAUCCCGGUGGCCUCGACAAUGCUGGGCACGGUUGUGCAGCAGUCCGGGGUAUUUGGUGCCGAAUAUCUUGCGAAGCAAAGCAGGCAACCGGUUGAGUUUAUCAACGCCGUCAAAUCCUGUCUCGGGACGGGGAUAGCCGACUCUAACACUGUUUGGCUGGAAGUCGGGCCGGAUUCAGUCUGCGUCAAUCUGCUUCGAGGGAUCCUGGGAGGGGAUGCCAUCCGCUUGCCCACUAUCAAGAGGAGCGAGAACAACUGGAAGACAAUCUCAGCGGCUGCCGGAGCACUACACCAACGACUCGUGCGGAUGCAAUGGACAAAGUAUCACGAAGAUUUUCUCCCUUUUCUGAGCCUCUUGGAGCUUCCUACCUACGCAUUUGACGAAACCAGCUAUUGGAGGACUUAUCGUCAAGUCACCGCGAGCUCCCCUGCCUCCACCAGCGUGGCGCCUCUGUCGACUAGUCUUCAUUAUAUGACAGAGGAAUCCUUCGGCGAUAGCGAGGUUGUCGUCGAAUUUAUUUCCCACCUCGAGGAGCCCGAGCUGAAAGCUGCAAUUCAGGGUCAUGACCUCGAGAACGCAAGCCUGUGUCCCAGCAGUGUCUUUUGUGAUAUUGCCCUCACCGCCGCGCGCUAUAUCCAGGAAAGGCUCAGCAAGGGUGAGAAUGAGGGCCUUGCAUGGGAGGUGUGUGAUCUGAAUAUGGAGCAUCCCAUCGUUGUGCCACCAUCCCCAGCAAACAAUGCUAUCAAAACCGCGGCCCGGAUGACCCUCGCCGGCUUCGAGCGCAAAGCCGAGCUUUCUUUCAGCCACUGCCUGUCAGAUGGGACGACGAGUACAAGCGGCCAUGGAGCGAUUCGGUUCGGAGACCGGGAGACGUGGGAGAAUGAGCUGGCGACAUGGGGCUUCUUCGUGAAUUCCCGCGCAAGCACGAUUGGAACACUUCCGUCGUGUACUCGUCUCCGCAAGAAUAUCGUCUACAGGCUCUUUUCCGAUGUUGUACGGUACGCCCCGCUCUAUCAGGCAAUUGAUGAGCUUUUCUGGGAUGAGGAAGGGACUGAGGCUGUCGCCAUGGUCAAGUUGCAAGAGCACGAUGGUGCUCAGCGCUCGGAGUACUCGCCGUACUGGUUGGAUUCGAUGAUCCAUCUUGCAGGAUUCAUUCUGAAUGCUAUCCUGGAGUCCACUGAGCAUGUCCAUGUGUGCAAUGGCCUGGCCAGCCUCCGCAUCCUGGAACGCCUGUCCGCGAAUAUAACAUACCGCUGCUAUGUCCGAGUCCGAGCCCAGCCCGACGAGUCGAAAGGAACGUCGCUCAGUGAUGUCUACUUUUUCCACGGACAGCGGCUGAUCGCCGUGUGCCUCGGCCUUCGCUUUCAGAAGCUCCCGAGAAGGGUUUUCAGACGUGUGCUCCAGCAGGCGCAGCAAGACGCACAAGGGGGGGCACCGAGCGAGAAAGCCCUCGACACUUGUGCCUCAGACGCCUCUGGGGGCGAAACGAGACCCCGACCUGAAAGCACAAGCGGUGCACCGCAGGACAGAAACAGGGAAGGGACUCUUGGUCUCCUGUUAAGGCUCGUCAGUGAAGAAACCGGCGUUGAAAUGCGUAGCAUUGGCCCGGAUACUGCGUUUGCGGAGAUUGGUGUGGACUCGAUCUUGGGCUUUACCAUCAUCGACCGCUUUAACGAGUUGUCCAGUCUCAAGCUCGGGUCCUCUUUCUUUACCCAAUGCAGCGAUGUCGCCAGCGUUGCUGCAUGGUUCCACCAAAAGAAUGGUACAUCAGGUUCUCCCGGUAAAGACAACGAGAAGCCCAGGAUAUCUCUCACUCCCAACACAGCCGCUUCCGAUGCCGAUGAAGAGAAUAGUACGGGAGCUGAACCCAUCUUGACCCCUCCGACUCCUGUUGGUCCGGGUAUGGGCGACGUGAAGCCCCAAUGCAAGGCUUCACUUCUGCAAGGCGAUCCAGCCAGGCACUCUACGGCGCUCUUCCUGCUCGCUGGCGGUGCAGGCCGGGCAGCACGCUUCUACCAUCUGCCGCAUUUCGUGUCAGAGCUUCCGGUCUACGCGCUGGACUCGCCCUUCCUCCAUCGUCCGGAGGACUACUGCUCCACCGUGCAAGAGCUCGCAUCCCUCUACACCGCGACGAUCCUGAACGUGCAGCCCCAGGGGCCCUACAUGGUCGGCGGAUACUCCGCGGGGGCUGUCCACGCGUACGAGGUGGCGUAUCAACUGCUCGCCAUGGGCCACACCGUAAGCCAUGUGGUUAUCCUGGAUAUGCAUGUCCCUGUAUCCCCGCCCGUCCAUGACGCAGACCUGAUGCGGAAGAUCGUCCACGCGAUUGGCUUCGUGCAGAAAGGUUCGAAGGAGCACUACGUCGAGGGCCACAAAGAACGGCUGCUCGCAGCAAUGUUAGCCUACCAGCCCCAGCCCAUGCAGCCGGACCGUCGGCCCACCAAAUCCAUUGUGAUCUGGGCCCGACGUGCUGUGUGGGACGCCCUUGAUCCCGACCAGCUGCAGCGCGCCCAGGACUUCGGCCUUGCCGCCGAGGUUGAGGGCGGCAAUGUGAUGCGAGACCCCCUGCGCCGCCUGGGGUGGUUUUUCUCGCGCCGGCACGACUUUGGGCCAAAUGGAUGGGAUGCGCUUCUCGGCGGACCCCAGAGCGUCGAAUGCUAUACGGUGGAUGAGGCGACUCAUAUGUCCCUGAUGUCUCCUCCCGCGGUCUCCUCAGUCGGUCGAAUUCUGGAGCAGGCUAUCAACAUCGACUACGUUGGUGGGACUUGA